AUGGACAUUUCAGAACUUUGUCUUCCAGACCCUCUCAGCUAUCAUAACCAGGCUUUGUUGUCCAAUUCAUUAGAGAGAUUCCUGAGUCCACUGGCCACGCUGGAGCCCUCUCAUUUCUGGCUGCUGAAUAGAAUGGCCGCUGAUGACCGGCACAUUCCCUCCAGCUGCGGGUCUUACAUCAAGACGGAGCCGUCCAGUCCCUCCUCGGUCAUCGACACGGUCAGCCACCACAGCCCCAGCGGCAACUCAGACGCCAGCGGCGGCUAUGUCAGCACUAUGAACAGCCACUCCAACGGCCUGGACUCUCCACCUAUGUUCACCCCCAGCGGACUCGGGGCUGGCACCUGCCGCAAGCGCUAUGACGACUGCUCCAGCACCAUCAUGGAGGACUCGUCCAUAAAGUGCGAAUACAUGUUGAACUCCCUCCCCAAGAGGCUGUGCCUGGUCUGUGGAGAUAUAGCCUCGGGGUAUCACUAUGGGGUGGCCUCCUGUGAGGCCUGCAAAGCCUUUUUUAAAAGGACAAUACAAGGUAACAUAGAAUACAGCUGUCCUGCCACAAACGAGUGCGAGAUCACGAAACGAAGACGCAAAUCAUGUCAGGCCUGUCGCUUCAUGAAAUGCCUCAAAGUGGGGAUGCUCAAAGAAGGUAAGAAGAGGGUUCGUCUGGACCGCGUGAGAGGAGGCCGACAGAAGUACAAGCGGAGGCUGGACACAGAGAACAACCCGUACCUGGGUCUGACGCUCCCCCCUCCCACCAAAAAGCCUCUCACAAAGAUAGUGUCUCACCUGUUGGUGGCGGAGCCGGAGAAGAUCUAUGCCAUGCCUGACCCCACCAUGCCCGAGAGCGACAUCAAGGCUCUGACCACGCUGUGCGACCUGGCUGACCGCGAGCUGGUGGUCAUCAUCGGCUGGGCUAAACACAUCCCAGGCUUCUCUGCUCUGUCGCUGGGAGACCAGAUGAGCCUACUGCAGAGCGCCUGGAUGGAGAUCCUCAUCCUCAGCAUCGUGUUCCGCUCGCUGCCCUACGAGGACGAGCUGGUGUACGCCGAGGACUACAUCAUGGACGAGGAGCACUCGCGGCUGACGGGCCUGCUCGACCUCUACGUGUCCAUCCUGCAGCUGGUCCGCAAAUACAAGAAGCUCAAGGUGGAGAAGGAGGAGUUUGUCACCCUCAAGGCCAUCGCGCUCGCCAACUCAGACUCCAUGCACAUAGAGGACAUGGAGGCGGUCCAGAAGCUCCAGGACGCCCUCCACGAGGCCCUGCAGGACUACGAGAGCAGCCAGCACCAGGAGGACCCGCGGCGGGCCGGCAAGCUGCUCAUGACCCUGCCCCUGCUGCGGCAGACGGCCACCAAGGCUGUGCAGCACUUUUACAGCAUCAAAGUGCAAGGCAAGGUUCCCAUGCACAAACUCUUCCUGGAGAUGCUGGAGGCCAAGGUCUGA